GGAAAAGUGUAGCAAUCGAGCGUCGAGAGCUCUCCCUCCAAAUCAUUUUCACUCCUUAGGGUUUUCUGAAAUUCUACAUCAAAACCCAUCAGCUAUAACAUAGCUAGGGCAUGUUACUGAAUCUCUACAUCGAUUGAAAAAGAAAGAGAUGCCGCUGUUUUUAUCAGAGAACGAAUUCCAGCAAUGCUCGCACGAUGCAUCGCUGGUAGCGGAGAAGGCGGAUUCAUUCAUACGAGGACUAUACAAUCAACUCGACACCGUGAAAGCGGAGGCAGACGCAGCCUCCAUCACCGCCGAGCAGACGUGCUCUCUUCUCGAACAGAAAUACAUUUCUCUCACUGCGGAAUUCACCGCCCUACAAUCACAGCACUCGCAACUUACAUCCUCUGUCGAUGAAAGAGCCUCGGAGCUUCAACAACUCCAAUCUGAAAAGAAACAACUUGCUCUCCAAUCCAUCGAGAAAGACGGGGAGAUUGAGAAGUUGACUAGGGAAGCCACAGAGCUUCACAAAUCAAAGAGGCAAUUGAUGGAAAUCCUUGAGGCGAAAGAUUUAGAGAUCAGUGAGAAAAAUGCAACCAUCAAGAGCUAUCUGGAUAAGAUUGUCAAUUUGACUGAAAGUGCUGCAUCAAGGGAAGCGCGGCUGGGCGAUUUGGAGUCUGAAUUGACACGCUCUCAAGCUUCAUCUGCCCGUCUGAUGCAGGUAAACUGAACUUUUCUUGA